GACAAAGUUGUAUUGCUCCCAUCCACCUUACAGCGGCCACAUCGUUUUGGACCUCGGACGCACUGCGCCGCAAUGGUCAGGUGAAAACAACACGACAAAAAGCCCCACAAUUCGUCAAUUUGGAAGCCACGAAAUGAAAUUCAUCUUCAUGGAAGUUGGAAUUGAUCCUUGUAGUCUACUGACACGUGGAAAUAGGUAAGGAAUCUUUCCGAAAACUAAUCAGAGAUUAAGAAAAGAAUUGGUAACCAUGAAUGGGCGGGGGGCAAAGUGAAGUACCUCGAUUUGAAGGAAUAUUUUGGAUACCUAUUUGAAAGCGACGAAGCUGCCCAGAAGACCAAAAUAUACCCUAACGGGAAGCUCGAGAGGGUUCAAGUACAUGACAAUGAUAGUUUCCCCAACAAGUGAAAUCUCGGUAUUUUGCGCCAAUGAAGUCGUUCUAAUCGCAAAGCGGUAGAUUAGCGUCGCCUCUUAAUUCCUAUGCAAAUAUCCCAUCGGACAUGUUGCCAGUCAGCGUGCUCGCGAUCGCCCUCGUCCUCGCCAUCGGCGCGCGGCCGCCGAGCGGCUCCAAGCGCGCCUUGGCCCGGCGCGCCGACGGCGAACUGUCCCGCCUCGCCGGUGAACCGUGCGCGGUCUCCGGCCACCGGAGCCCCGCGCAGCAGUCCCGACGCCGCCAUUCGGUGGCCGGUCCGAGGAGCGACCGGGGCGACCGGGCUCCGAAGCCGGGAAAGGAGGGACCUUUCCACGCGCAGCCUUGGCCCUUGUCGCGAAAAGAAGACGGCCAAAGUGGUCCACCGCGCGGCUCCAGGCUGGAGCGCAGCGCCCGCGACGAGGGGAACUCCGGCGCAGCUCCGAGUGGGCACCGAGUGAGUCCGCAGAUUCGACGCGACGAGGACGUCCUCGGAGAUGCGGAUUCUCCGUGGGGGGGACCCGUGCCAAAGGUGCCCCCUUCUUGGAUGACCAGCCUGUAUCUGAGCGGGCGCCGGGAGCGGCUUCGCCCGAAGCCGUCCGCGGGCCUGGAGCUGCCCAGGGACAAGUUCAGCCUGGAAUUAUGGGUGAAUCCGGAGGGCGGGCAGAGCAGCCCUGCAGUCCUCGCAGGCGUGUACGACAACUGUUCCCAUUCACUGAGUGAGAAGGGCUGGUCAGUCGGCAUUCGCACAAUGGACUCUGCAGGCACCAAGGACGCACGGUUCUACUUCACGCUUCGCACAGACCGAGCCUUGAAAUCGACCACUAUCCUUAACCACCAGCGGUACAGAGCCAAUACCUGGACUCACCUGAUUGCGACUUACAAUAGCCACAACAUGACCCUGUAUGUUGAUGGUGCCAAGGUGGGAGAAAGCAAUCUCCAGUCGGGAAAUCUCUACAGCCCCUUCAUGAAGACCUGUAGAACUUUCAUCCUGGGCAGUAACCAAAAAGCGCAGGGACAGGGCUUUCGAGGCCAUAUAGGAGGUGUCAUCUUGUGGGACCACGCCCUCUCCCAUGAGGACCUGCAGAUGCGAGCGCAACAGAAGACGGAGCCCCUUCUGGCUACGUGGGCUGACUUUAAAAAUGUGGAACAGAUAUGGGCUCCUUACAAAAUGGGAUUUCAUCCAGCUGUCAUCUCCACUCCUGUCCCUGAUUUAGAACUGGUCUCCUCCUUCUUGCCACCACCCUGUGGUCUUACACCCUGUGACAACACUGACGUAAUUUCUGGCUACAACAAUUACUGGCCGCUCCGUUCACCCAAACGAGUCCGCUACAGGAUUGUCAACCUUUCCAAUGACGAUAGCGGAAACCCCACUGUGUCUCAAGGCCAGAUUCGCCACCAACACCAGGCUCUGAGUGAUGCCUUUCGCCCUUACAAUAUCACCCUAGAGUUGACCGUAUACACGGUCAGAAACACGAGCCUCCGGCAGCGUUUUAUUCUUAGCAACUGUCGAAUUGGGAAAAUUGGGAACCGCCAUUGUGAUCCCGAGUGUGACCACCCAAAGACAGGCCAUGAUGGAGGGGACUGCCUCAGGCUUGGGCCCUGCUACACCUGGAAGAGACAGGAUGGAGUUUGUAACAUGGAAUGUAACAGUAUACACUACGACUAUGAUGAUGGAGACUGCUGCGACCCAGAAGUGACAGAUGUUCUCAAGACGUGUUUCGAUCCAGAGUCACCUGACAGGGCAUAUAUGAGUGUUAAAGAACUUAAAGAGGAGCUUCACCUGAGUGGCAAAGAUACCCUUAAUGUUUUCUUUGCCAGCAAUUCUGUACGAGAAGCGCUGGCAGGAGCUGCGACCUGGCCAUGGGCAAAGGAAGCGCUUACACAUCAAGGUGGAAUGGUGCUAAACCCAUCCUACUUCGGCACAAGCGGACAUCACAAUACGAUGAUCCAUGAAAUGGGCCACAUAUUUGGACUGUACCAUGUCUUCAAGGGGGUGAGCGAACGAGACUCCUGCGAUGACCCGUGUCAGGAAACCACCCCAUCCAUGGAAACAGGAGAUCUGUGUGCCGACACCGCACCAACGCCCAAAUCCAAAGCCUGCCGUGAUCCUGGAGCUGUUAAUGAUACAUGUGGCGUCACCAUGUAUCAGGACACCCCUUAUAACAAUUACAUGAGUUACACAGAUGACAACUGCACCAAUCAUUUUACUCCCAACCAAGUAGCCAGGAUGCACUGUUAUCUUGACUUGGUCUAUCAGAACUGGUUGAUGGAACGUUUACCUGGUACCAUCCCAGUGCCAGCAAUGGUGACUGACCAGAGUCCAGAUUCUGUCUCUAUUUAUUGGCUAGCGCCAUUAACGGGGCCACUCUAUCAAAGCUCCUCCUCCAACUUGUCUGCUGUCAACUGUGGGGAAUGUGAGAAAGAUGGUGUUUUCCACCAGUAUGCCUAUGAGGCGGCCUCAUCUCGCAUCUGUGACACGUCUGGCUACUGGGCACCUGACGAGGCGAUUGGCACACCUGAUGUUGAGCAGCCAUGUGAGCCUAGUCUCCAAGCGUGGAGUCCUGAUCUCAACCUUUAUGAUGCUAAUGUGACAUCACCAUGUCCUGAGACGGAGGGCUGUACCCUCACACUGAAAUUUCUCCACCCCAUUGUCCCACACACUCUUACCCUCUGGAUAACAUACAUCUCAACAAAUAAUCCUGCCAUUGCUGACAUAGAGCUGAUAAUAGACACAGGUAAAACCUUGAACCUUGGACCACAGCACGUCUUCUGUGACAUGCCCUUCACCCUGCGCCUCGAUACCAACAAUGUUGCCAUCAGUGCCAUAAAGCUCUGCACCUUUGAUGAGAAGAUGGAGAUUGAUGCUGCAAUGUUGUCUUCUGGCCCCGGUAGUCGUCUCUGCUCUGACUGUCGCCCUUUGCUGUAUCGGAUUCACCGGCGGCCACCUUUCACCAGCAAAUUGCCAUCACCUCAGACCCAGCAGACGUUCACGGACAGAACUGUAAAAACGGGAGAAAGCUAUGAGUACAUGAUCCAGGUGGAGAUUGGUGGUCUUCUCAGCAAUUUCUCCCCAUCCCUUUUUUACACACACGGGCAGCCCUACUGCGGAGACGGUGUCAUUCGUGGGACAGAAGAAUGUGACAAUGGCAAUUUGUUGGAUGGUGAUGGCUGCUCCAAGAAAUGUCACAAGGAGAAGGGCUUCAACUGCAUCGGUGAACCCAGCCAAUGUUAUGUUUUUGAUGGGGACGGCGUGUGCGAAGAUUUUGAACGGGUUUCCAGUGUUCAGGACUGUGGUUAUUUUACACCUUUGGGUUACACAGACCAGUGGGCAUCUACUGCUACAGCUUCGCAUCAGGACCCUGACCACUGUCCCGCCCAUGCUGCCACUGGUGAACCAUCAUUUCAAAAACUUUGUAGGUACCAGUACAUGGAUGUGAGUGAAAAACUGCCCACUGAUGCAUGGUUCCCUUGCACAACUCAUUCUGACCAAAGUAAUGAUGUAGAACAUCCUUUUUGGCUAAAGGUAGGAUUUGUCCAUUCCGGCGUGGCAGCCUCUGUCUUGGUGUAUCUGGCUUCUGAUGGGUCAUGGAGCGGGGACCACUGUCAGAGGACUGCGACAAUCCUGCUUUGUGAUACUAUUGGAAAGAAUCAUUCAUUAGGCACCCAUAACCUCUCAUGCCAUCGGAACCCGUUGGUGGUUAACGUGACCCAUGACCUCUCUCAGCCUUUCUUCCUCACCUCAUCUGUUAUCCUCCUCUUCUCCUCCUCAUCUGUGGCAAUCGGGGGCAUAGCCCUGAGGACAUCCUGCCACUUCAGCACCUUCGCCGUGACCGGCUGUUUGAGGCAAACAUGUCAGAUGGACAGCUGCAGCCUCCCUCAGAUUGAGCACGCCUCUGUCAGGUGUGUAGGAGGUGGGCAGUCGUCUCACUGCUCUGUUCAGUGUCACUCUGGUUUCAGCCUCACUCCACUUAACGGAAGGGAAAUCCCACCACACCAGCGCAUGACGGAGAUCGAGUGUUUUCAUGGCUUAUGGAAUCGUGCAGUUACUUGUCAGCCUGUAGACUGUGGCCUGCCAGAUCAGUCUCAUGUCUACCAUGCCAUAUUCAGUUGUCCCUUGGGAACAACCUAUGGAAAACAAUGCUCCUUUACUUGUGGAUCACCGGCCAUUCUUCAAGGUGACAGUGACAGGUUGGUAUGUUUGGAGGAUGGUCUGUGGUCUUUUCCAGAGGCCUACUGUAAGAUCGAGUGCCUGGAGGUUCCAAACAUACCCAACGCUAAGCUGCUAACGACAGAGUGCCUGUCCUCAAGCCAUGAUGUUGGCUCCACCUGCCGUUUCAAAUGCAACCCAGGCUUCUUUGUAUUGGGGAGUCUGAAAAAGAAGACACCGCGGAAAUACUUCAAAUCUGAGUGCCUACAGGCAGGGCAGUGGGAGGAUGCCUCAUGUGAGCCCGUAGCUUGCCCAGCCUUACCUGAUGUUUUCCAGGGCAUGUAUAGUUGCACCAAUGGCCUCUACUAUGAGACGCUCUGUACCCUGCAGUGUCCAGAUGCAAAAGAAAAUAGUGUGAUUCGCUGCACAAAGGAUGGUGAAUGGACUGCCCAGUUUACCAUGUGCUCCAAGCUCCAAGGAUCCUGCUCUUCUCCCACUGAUCAGAACUCUGUAGUGUAUAGCUGUGUCGAGGGCAUGGAUAUUGGUGCUGUUUGUUACCCUGCAUGUGUUUUGACUCCAGACAUGGAUCUUCAUGACCCAGUGGUUCUGGCCAAUGUCUCCACAGUUGGCUCUUUAAAACACUGGAUGCUUCCCAUCAAAGUUCAGAUGGUUGUCUGCACAGGGAUGAUGAAGUGGUACCCAGCCCCUGAAAACAUUCAUUGCAUUCAGGCUUGUGAGCCUUUCGGUGGGGAUGGCUGGUGUGACACCCUCAACAAUCGAGCCUAUUGCCAGUAUGACGGAGGAGAUUGCUGCCCUUCCACACUAUCGUCGAGAAAGGUCAUUCAGUUUGGGGCAGACUGCAAUCAGGAUGAGUGCUCUUGCCGCGAUCCGGAUGCCAAGGAGAAUAAGAGCAAAGCCGGAGCCCCGCAGGGGGGAGGAGGAAUCCCUUAAGAUAGAGGAGUGAAAGAAAGUGGUGUAACAUAAGUUCAACUGUAGAUACUAUACACAAUAGAUAAACAUAUUACCUUAUCAUGCGGACAAAGGUUUGGAAGGCAAAUACAUUGUUUUGAACAAGGUUAUAGUGCUAAUUCAAACUGCCAUUGCCAAAUAGCGCAUUGGGAAAUAAAACAAUAUAUGAAUCAAAUAGAGCAUUUUAAUGUGUAAUGAGUUUAAUGGGUACGAGGAAUUGGUGGUGAAGUAAUCCGCAUGAUAUAUGUAUGAGGUUUGCUGCUGCUAUUAUGUGUCAUCUAAUGAUCAGAAAUGAUCACAAUGGUUUUAGCUCAACCCAGGACGUAUUUCCAUUACAUUUAGACAUCUCAAUGGCUCCGUUAAGACUAAUGUGCAUUGGUUAAAACAGUACAUGUCUCAACUACAUAUCUACGAGCUGACAUGUUCACAUUUAAAAGAAACAAUGGGCGUAUAGAAUCGUAGUCAUAUAAUACAUAUUUUACAUUUCCAUGGAACUAAUGCUUCUGCUAUUGUGCAGAUGUGACUGUUAAGUCCAGCCUCAAACAAACGCCGACGACAGUGUAAACACAACCGUGUAAAAAAUAACUGCUCGAAAAUAUUGUGGAUUUCCUUCGUGGCAGUUGAAGCUGAAAAAUGAAACCUACAUAUCAAUUGGAGCAAAACACCCGCGCACCGUGACACAAAUGCAAGAAAGCUUUCAGGAAAAAGGAAAUAACGUCUCCAAGUAUUGUAUCCAAACUAGAGGAAGUGUAACUGUGUUCAUUAUUUGACAGUACUUUAUAAUCUGUGUUGAAUAAAUAGA